AUGGCUGACGCUGCUGCCCCUCCGACCGAGCAGGUCGCUAACCUGCACCUCGAUGAGGUAACUGGUGAGAAGGUUUCCAAGACCGAGUUGAAGAAGCGCCAGAAGGCCCGCCAGAAGGAGGAGGAAAAGAAGAAGAAGGCUGCCGAGCGUGGACCGGCUCCCGCUCCCAAGAAGGCUGCCGCUGGUGGUGCUGAGGCCGCUGAGAAGGACCUUACCCCCAACCAGUACUUCGAGAUCCGAUCCAGGAACAUCAACAAGCUCCGUGAGACCAAGAGCCCCAACCCAUACCCCCACAAGUUCAAUGUCACAUACGACCUGCGAAAGUUUGUGGAGGAUUAUGGUCACCUCAAGUCCGGCGAACACGCCAAGGACAAGAUCAUCCAGAUCGGUGCCCGUGUCCACGGAAAGCGAGCAUCCGGUUCCAAGCUCCUUUUCUACGAUGUCCGAACUGAGGGCGUCAAGGUCCAGAUCAUGUGCCAGGCUCAAGAGGUGCAAGAGGGUGCUCCCACUUUUGAUGCUCAGCACGAGCACCUUCGUCGAGGUGAUAUCAUCGGUGUUAUUGGAUACCCUGGCCGAACUGCUCCCAAGACCAAGCUUGAGAAGGGUGAGGAGGGUGAGUUGUCCAUCUUUGCGACUGAGGUCAUCCUCCUGACUCCUUGUCUCCACGCCCUUCCCGAUGACCACUACGGCUUCAAGGAUCUCGAGCAGCGAUACCGCAAGCGAUACCUCGAUCUCAUCUGCAACGAGAAGGCCCGCAACGUCUUCAUCACUCGAUCCAAGAUGAUAACCUGGAUCCGCCGAUACUUCGACGAGCGGGACUUCGUUGAGGUUGAAACUCCUAUGAUGAACCAGAUUGCCGGUGGUGCUACUGCCAAGCCCUUCACCACUCACCACAACGAGUACGACAUGGAGAUGUUCAUGCGCGUUGCUCCCGAGCUUUACCUUAAGAUGCUCGUGGUUGGCGGUCUUAACCGUGUUUACGAAAUUGGACGCCAGUUCCGUAACGAGGGUGCCGAUCUUACCCACAACCCUGAAUUCACAACCAUUGAGUUCUACGAGGCCUACGCUGAUGUCAACGACCUCAUGGAGACCACCGAGGACAUGAUUUCUGGCCUUGUCAAGUACCUCACUGGUGGCUACAAGACCAAGUUCCACACCCAGAGUGGUGAGGAAUACGAGGUCAACUGGGAGAAGCCCUGGCCUCGUUACGAGAUGAUCCCAACCCUCGAGGAGGCUACUGGCGAGAAGUUCCCUCCUGGUGAUCAGCUCCACACUCAAGAGACCAACGACUUCCUCAAGGGAGUUCUCAAGAAGAUGAACCUGGAGUGCACACCUCCUCUGACCAACGCCCGCAUUAUUGACAAGCUGGUCGGUGAGUUCAUCGAGGAGAAGUGUGUCAACCCCUCCUUCAUCACUGGCCACCCUCAAGUCAUGAGCCCUCUGGCCAAGUACCACCGUGAGAUCCCCGGUCUGUGCGAGCGUUUCGAGGCUUUCGUGUGCAAGAAGGAGAUCGCCAACGCUUACACCGAGUUGAACGACCCCUUCGACCAGCGCCUGCGCUUCGAGGAGCAGGCCCGCCAGAAGGACCAGGGUGACGACGAGGCCCAGCUCGUCGAUGAGAACUUCUGUACCUCGCUCGAGUAUGGUCUGCCCCCUACCGGUGGAUGGGGUAUGGGUGUUGACCGAAUGGUUAUGUUCUUGACCGACAACUACACCAUUCGUGAGGUUCUUACUUUCCCCUUCAUGAAGGACGAUAAGCUUGAGCAGCAGAAGAAGCUGGCCGCCGAGGUGGUUGGCAUUGAGCCUGUCCCUGAGGAGGGCAUUGCUCACAAGUAG